AUGACAUCAUUUGAGAUACAGGAGAACCUUAUAACUUAUGAUGAGGAUGGGAGUGUUAAGUUGCUACCUGGGUACAUGUCUGAUCCUACUGAUGAGGUUCUUGUGGAUUUUUACUUGAAGAGGAGGGUUUUUGCUCAAAUUCUUCCUGUUCAAAUAAUCCCCAGUUUUGAUGUUUUUCAGAUUGAGCCUUGGAGGCUUCCCGGAGAAGAUGGAAAGAUUUUUAAUGAGCGCAAGUACUUCUUCUACAACACCAUGGGACGUGACCUUGAAAGCCUUGAUAUGAGAGUUGCAGGGAGUGGCUUGUGGAAGGUGGUGGAGAAAGGCAAAGAUGUUCUUAUCCCCCAAAACAAUGAGGUGAUUGGGAAGAGAAACACCCUAAUUUUUUGGGAGGUUCAAGGAGCUUGUACCAGAAGGACUAAAUGGAUGAUGCAUGAGUUCCGUCUUGUGUUAUUAGCUAACCCAUCUAAGAUGGAAAAUUGGGCUGUGUAUCGCAUAUUUAAGAAGAAGGACGAAAAGAAGGUGAAAAACAUACAAGGGUCUUAUGAGGAGAGCUCCAACAAUAAUAGAAGUGUUAGGAUUUACAGAGGUCAUUGA